AUGUCAAAUACCACCAAAGCCGCCACGCCCCAGCGUUAUACCAAGCCGAACCUCCCUAAACCCGACAGAUCGCCGCAUCUCCCCGCCGGUCUGUCGACGGAUCCGCUCCUCCGGGAUGGCGCUUUCAUUUCCCCCGUUUCCGGCUCCUCCGGCGACAAUCAGCAGCGCAGCUCCCCCUCGGCUAACGGAACGCCGGAAUCUUCUCGAUCGCGGCCGAGAGUGUCGGAGACGAGCUGGUUGCCCCCUGGAUGGGUGGUGGAAGACAGAGUCAGAAGUUCGGGUGCGACGGCUGGGACGCGAGAUAAGUACUACUAUGAUCCUGUCUCUCGCCGCCGGUUUAGGUCCAAGCGAGAGGUGCAGUAUUUUCUGGAGACGGGAAGCGUGAAGAAGCAAAAAAGAGCAGAGAACUCUGAUGCUAAUGCUAAUAGCUUUCUGAAGUCUGCAGAGGGCUCCAGUACUCAGAAAAGCAAGACGCCUAAAAAGGAAGCUAGAGUAGCUUCUCAUUUGGACUUCAAUUUUUCCAAUGUGCCCGACAGUGUUGAAUGGAUCCUAGCAGAUGCGAAUAAAGGUACAUGGACGCCGUUUGUCGCAGGUAAAAAGCCUCCUGAUUCUGAGAGGCAAAUAUGGGAUGUUACUUUCACAUAUCUGGCGGCUAGAACUGUAGAAUAUACAGCAAAAGGGAAGCAUCCCAAUGGCACAACCGAGGAGGUUAAGAAGAUCGUCAAUGUUCUGAAUGAAGCUCAGAUUCCCUCUGAGGAUGUCGUCGAAGUUGUUGUCAGCCCACCAUACGUGUUCCUUCCGGUGGCCAAAAGUUUGCUAAGGUCCGACAUCAAGGUUGCUGCCCAGAAUUGCUGGGUUCGCAAGGGUGGAGCUUUCACUGGAGAGAUUAGUGCUGAGAUGCUAGUGAAUUUGGACAUUCCUUGGGUCGUUCUUGGUCACUCUGAGAGACGAGCUCUGCUGAAUGAGUCGAAUGAGUUUGUUGGAGACAAAGUUGAAUAUGCACUUUCUCAAGGGUUGAAAGUGAUUGCUUGUAUAGGAGAGACACUUGAGCAGAGGGAGUCAGGAUCAACUAUGGCUGUUGUUGCUGCUCAAACCAAGGCAAUUGCAGAUAAGAUAAAAAGUUGGGACAACGUUGUCUUGGCUUAUGAGCCAGUAUGGGCCAUCGGGACAGGAAAGGUUGCAUCACCUGCUCAGGCUCAAGAAGUCCAUGCGGAACUGAGGAAGUGGCUUGCUGAAAAUGUCAGUGCUGAAGUAGCUCAAACAACUAGAAUUAUCUAUGGAGGCUCUGUGAACGGAGGAAACUGCAAAGAGUUGGCAGGGCAAGCAGAUGUUGAUGGAUUUUUGGUUGGUGGAGCUUCUCUCAAGCCUGAGUUCAUCGACAUCAUCAAGUCUGCCACGGUUAAGAAGAGCGCUUGAGGUUUGGAUUGGAAGCUGGCACUUUUUGUCAAUUAAGGGCAGGCUGAUGACUUCACUCGUUUGUUGUUGAAGUAGACUAAAAUAAAAUAAUGGCUAAUGAAUUAGUCCGUCUUUUUUUUGUUGGACUGCGCCUAUGGUAUGCUGCAGCUGAAUUCUAGGGUACGGAGUUUUCCAUUUUAACGGGCGUGCUGAUUGUUGAAUACUUGAGUUUUUGAGAUGCAACGGAGGUAUAAAUGGUUUACUGUUUUAUUUAGUAGUCUGCUAUAAGCAUGAAUGAUCCCGUGUCGCUUCUCGACAAUGGGUUUCCCGUCUUCCCGUGGUAUGCUGUUUAAGAUUGUGAUAAGGAGCUGCCUAGAGUUGAGGACCUUCAUCUUCUAUAUGGGCCUAGAGUUGAGGACCUUUAUCUUCUAAAGGGCCAUAUAAGGGCCAUGUUGCAGAUAAGAUAAACUUUCGACUAACUAUUUAAUUUCAUUCAUAAUCA